UGGCCUGCAUUAUCAUUGAACAGCUGUGUGGUGUGUGCCGGUAGUAACGUUAAAACAGCUGUUCAUAGUGAAAUGUGAAUUUUUUUUGUUGAAUUUGGAGGAUUGUUUAUAGUUUUACUAAUUAAGUUUCAAAUAUGGAUGACCCGAGACUAAUGGUUGACGAGGAACCAAUCAGAAGAGAGCUGAAAGUAUUUGGACGUGAUGUUUCACAAAUACCCUGCUUUCGUAAUAGUUAUCUAUACGGGAUUGGUGGUGGUGUAGCGGUAGGGAUUGCUACCUUCCUGGGCACUUCGCGUACUCGGCUGUCGACACAUGUAGGUUUUGGCACAUUUUUCACCAGCACACUUGGCUAUUGGCUGGUUUGCAGGUAUCAAUGGUCUAAAAAACGUUUUGAGUAUCAACAGUUAAAGGAAGCUAUGCGUAAACAGGGUCUAUACGAGGGCACCGACCUCGAACGACAGUUACUGGAAGAGGCAUAAUCUGUCUAUCUCACUUACCCGACAAAAUAGAUAAUUGUAGCUAACUAAGAACGAAUAUGUACAUAGAUAAUAUUUAAGAAAAUUGUUACUUAGCAUUUGUGAUUAGUGUUUACAAAAAAAAAAGAGCUAAUGUAGUCCAGUUUUGUUCGCUCCUUAUAUAAAAUGAGCUUGUGCUUGUGUUUUUCUGACAAAAUUCUAACAAAAAAGUGCUUUUAUUAAUAUAUGAUUUCUUCUUUAAAUGCGUAUUUAUUUAAAUAUACAAUAAACAUUUUUUAAAGGAAUUGUAUUUUCAGUUCUAACAGAUAAAACAUAGUGAAAAAUA